UUAAUAUUACCUUAAACUUGACAUGUUCCUUUUGCCAGGAAACUAAGUCACGUGUUAAUGCCUUUCUAUAUAAUACUCACUGGUUACAUAAGAAACCUAAAUACGCUAUGGAAGAGAAAAGGAAGGCACAGGGUCUGGUGAGGCACAUGGGUGGUUGUCACUGCGGUGCUGUCCGUUUCGAGGUGUGGAACUCCCCAGAUUUGCACGUAUUCGAUUGCAACUGCAGCAUUUGCACCAAGAAGCAGAAUCUGCAUUUUAUUGUUCCCAAGGCCCACUUUACCUUGCUGCAGGGCUCAGAGAACUUAAGCACGUACACAUUCAACACACACACAGCCAAGCACACGUUUUGCAAGAUAUGUGGUGUACAAAGUUUCUACACACCCCGAUCGAAUCCUGAUGGCUUUGGGGUGGCUGCACAUUGCCUCGACUCUGGAACCGUAAAGAGCGUGACGGUCGAAAAGUUCUGUGGUGAGAACUGGGAGGACAGCAUGCAGAAACACAAAACGAUCAGGAGUAUGUCAAAGUCUACAGAAGAAGCCAAAUAAUCUAUUAAUACACGAGCAUUACCUUUUUUUAAAGGUCCCUCUAAAGCAGUGGAGGCAGAGGUGCCACAUGAAAUGAUUAUGAGGCCUUCUUUAAGUUAAUACAGGUUUAGAAGAACAAGACAUGAGGAAUAAUCAGCAUCAUUUAUCUGUGAAAUAAAAUAUCAGACAAACAUCUAUUACUGUACAUUCAACAAGGGUGUUCAAAGGGAUUAAGAUCAGAGAUCUUCCACUUAAGAUCUUCCACUCCAUCCUAUGUAUACCAUAUGUUCAUGGAGUUGGCUUUGUGCACAGGGGCAUUGUUGUUAAUGCUACCACAUCCACAUAUAUCCUAUACAAUUAGUUCAUAUGCCUGGAAAAGCCAGACGUCCCAAUAUUCCUGUCCAUAUACUGUAAAUUAUAACAAAGAAAUCAGAAAUAAAGAUAUGUCUUAGUAAGGCA